CAUACAUCUAACAUACACCACACCUACAAUGAGAUACAAUAUACAUCCACACCGUAUAUAUAUUUGUAAGGCAAUGACUCCAUUGCCUCCAAGAACCAAUAUAUUCCAAGAAACUAAAGAGAAUAAUGGAUUACAUUAACAUUUUGCUAGGACUGUUAUUCGUCUGGAUUUUGGUGCGUGGAGUAUUCAUUUCACUUAGAAGAGCCAAAAGAGUUGCACCAGGUCCCUUCCCUUUGCCAAUCAUCGGAAAUCUUCACUUGCUUGGUGAUAAACCCCACAUAUCACUUACCCAACUGGCAAAAAAAUAUGGCCCAAUUAUGAAUCUGAAAUUGGGACAAAUAAACACAGUGGUCAUUUCGUCGUCCGUCUUGGCAAAAGAAGUGAUGCAAAAGCAAGAUUUAGCCUUUUCCAAUAGGUUUGGUAUUGACGCUAUUCGUGCCUGCAAUCACAAUGAUUUCUCAGUUAUAUGGUUACCUGUCAACAACUCUCAGUGGAGAACGCUUCGGAAGAUUAUGAACUCUCACAUCUUCUCAGGAAACAAGCUAGACGCUAACGAGCACCUGAGGACAAAAAAGAUCCAAGAGUUGAUUGAUUACUGUCACAAAAGUAGCAAAGUUGGUGAAGCAGUGGAUAUCGGCAGGGCAGCUUUUAGAACUUCCUUAAAUUUGUUGUCCAACACCAUUUUCUCUAAAGAUUUGACUGAUCCAUUUUCCGAUUCUGCUAAGGAAUUUAAAGAAUUGGUGUGGAAGAUCAUGGUUGAAGUUGGUAAACCCAAUUUGGUGGACUAUUUCCCCUUUCUUAAAAAGAUUGAUCCACAAGGUAUAAGACGACGCUCAACUGAUUAUUUUACUAAAAUUCUUCACCUUAUGAGUGAUUUGAUCGAUGAGCGGCUAAAGGAAAGGGAAUUGGGAAAUCGUGAAAAUGUUGAUGUGUUAGAUGCCCUUCUCGACAUUAGCCCUGGUGAAAUUGACAGAAAUCAAAUCGAGCAACUGUGUUUGGACCUGUUUGCAGCAGGGACCGAUACGACGUCAAAUACAUUGGAGUGGGCUAUGGCUGAACUACUCAAGAAUCCACAUACUUUCGAGAAAGCACAAGAAGAACUGGCACAAGUAAUUGGCAGAGGCAAACUAAUAGAUGAAGCUGAUGUUGCAAAAUUACCUUACUUGAGGUGCAUCGUAAAAGAAACCUUUCGAAUACACCCACAAGUUCCUUUCCUAAUUCCGCGCAAAGUUGAGGAAGAUGUUGAUCUUUAUGGCUAUACUAUUCCAAAAGACUCGCAGGUUCUUGUGAAUGUAUGGGCAAUAGGGCGCGACUCUAGUCUAUGGGAAGACCCUUUGGACUUUAAGCCGGAGAGGUUUUGGGAGUCAAAUAUAGAUGUUAGAGGUCAGGAUUUUGAGCUAAUUCCAUUUGGUGCUGGUCGAAGAAUUUGCCCUGGAUUGCCUUUGGCUAUCAGGAUGAUUCCAAUUGCGCUAGGUUCAUUGAUAAAUACCUUUAAUUGGAAGCUAGAUGGUGGAAUUGCACCUAAAGAUUUGGACAUGGAGGAAAAAUUUGGUAUUACCCUGGCAAAAGCUCAACCUCUGCUAGCUAUCCCUAUUCCACUGUAGAUGUUGGUAGAUCAAGAAUUAAUACUACAAUAUCAUAUUAAUAUAUGUAAAAAUAUUCUAGUGUAUAAUAUUUCUAUAAGCGUUGGAUUCAUUUGGAUGUCUGUCGAGCACUGUCAAAAUGCUAUAUAAGUCAUUGUAUUUGUAGAUCUAUUUAUACUUGUGUAUCCUUGAAAUAAGACCAUGUCACCACCAAGGAUUAUGUA